AUGGGGAGUCCGCAAUACACGCUGAAAACUCGAUUACUGAGGGGGACCGGCAAGAAGUACAAGGUCCUCUUCACAGCCGAACUCGUAUCGGGCUCCAGGCUUCACCCCAUUAGUCGAAACAAGGUCCACCUCCUUCACAAGCUCAAGAUCCGGAAGGAAGUCGAGGAUAGAAAGAUGAAGGUGUUCGUCGACGAGCACAUCGACGCAGACACCAAAGUCAUCAUGAGGGGAACCGGCUUCGUUGUGAGAGAUUUGAGGUCGACUGAUCAGAUACGCGAAUGGGGACUGGUCUCUGAACCUGCCGCGAUGGAGGCGACGGAUGAAGGGGACCUGGGACUGGAAGCACAAGGGCCGAUGAGGGGAGGUCCCUCAGCACGGAUAUAA